AUGCAAUCGAGCAACGAGAGCAAAACUUGCUUGAACUUACUUCGACGAGAAGCAGAAGAAGAUCCAGAUGAAUUUGAACUCGAAGUCGAAGCGGCUGAUUCCGUCGCCGACGAGACUGUUGAGGAAGGCGUUGAGGCUGAGGAAACUAUCGUAGCUAAAGACGAGGCGGUAGCUGAGAAACUGACGAAACCGCCUACGCUGAAGAAACGAUGGAAAUGGAAGCUGCUCCAGUCGAAGAAAAAAACGCACGUGAAGAACAGAUUCGUCAAAUUGAAAACGCACAAGCGAUCCACACUCGACUGGAUAAAUCUCGAAACGAAUGUCUCCCUGCUACAUCCAGGUGAAUUUAGCGAGAUUCACAGAAAACUCAAUCUACCACUUAUUCAUAAACCAGUGACAUUAUCAAGUGUUUAUGGCACAUACACUGGCGGACCGACAAAAUCGGAAGUCGGGCAAUUAGAUAAUGUUCUCGACGGUAAUUCGCAGACCUUCGAGUCCUUUGGAGACAAUUGUGCGCUUGACACCAAAUGGAAUACCUUCAAAUUUUCCAUUUUCGCGGACCAAGACGUAGAUGGAGUCAUCUUUCAAUUUUCGAAAGACUCGGUCAGUCAUGUCAACUUCUAUAUCAUGUUUGACGCGACUGCCGCGAAAGAAAGCGAAUCAGAAAUUUAUUCACAAAACUUCACAGCUCUUGACAUCCCAGAUUCGCGUCAUUCGUACACUUUAUUCAAUAUCAAAGGCGCACUUCAAGAAACAGUUGAAAAACAGCUCCAAAUUAACAGCUCAUUUACAGUUCCAAAUGAUGCAAAACCUCUGCAAAAUUUCAUCAUUGAUGUUCACUUUGACGAUAUUACAAAUGAAAGAUGGCAAUUCGGCCAGCAGGCCCGAAAUGUUGCGUCGGAGUGCCUCAACUUUAAACUGUUCCAGGUGGAAACCACAACUUACGUUACUGCUCUUGGCGAUAAUCUGGAAGCGACUACUGCUCUUGGAGACAAUCUGGAAGCAACUACAGCUCUCGGUGAUAAUUUGGAAGUAACUCCAUUUCCUGACAAAUAUGAAUACUAUAGCACUUACUCGGAUGAGUCAUCAGACUACUUCGACGAGAGCUACACGUCAAGCGAUUAUACGGAAUACUCGACAGAUGACUCGACAACUUGUCAAGGAAAACACUGUCGAAAAAGACGCCAAGCAGUUGCUCUUGCGAUCGGCCUAGCAACAGCUGUUAUUGGCGGUAUAACCAGCGAAGUCGAAAUGCUGCACCAUAGGAAGCAGACUGAGAACAAAAUCGCUCAUGACGAGCUUCUUAUGGCCAAGUUGAGCGAUCGCACAAACGCUGAGCUACAAAAAUCCAGGUUCAAAUCAAACGUGAACAUGCAGAUGUGA